GGCGGUAAUGCACCAUUUCGUUAACCUCAAAAGAAGAAGAAUGAGACAGACCAAUGUAAUCAAACAUAGAGCGCGAUUUAUCUAUAGCAGAUUUCAGGUUGCUCAGUCGAGCUCAGAAUCUCUGAUCUCACGCAAGCAGUCAUGGCGGACAAGGAUCCAUUCCGGCAGCUGAAAGAUCUGUCCCUGCUUAAAGACCAGCUCGAAGACAUUCAGCGUCGGGUGGAGGAUGAAGUUGGGGUUGGAAUUCCACAGGGUGGAAGUGUGCUCAGUUCUCCUUUCCUCAAAGGUUUUUUGGCUGGGUAUGUGGUGGCAAAGCUCCGCUCCUCUGCGAUCCUGGGAGUUCUUGUAGGGACCUGCACAGGCAUCUAUGCCGCUCAGAGCUACCAAGUGCCUAAUAUUGAGCAGACCAUUAAAAACUACUUCAGCUCAUUCAAGAAGAGAUAGAGAGAGCCAUAUCAAACAAUCUCAGAAAAAUGGUGCCUCAUUCAACAACAUGUACCUCCUCAACUGAAGGUGCCACUCAUCAGACCACAUAGAAUAACUGGAUGUAUUUAAAUGACACUUUGGUAUAUAAAAUAAUUGAGCUUCUCAUGUUAGCAUUUUUAGGUUGUUUUCUAUUUAAAGUUAGUGUGGGCUGUGCUGUUACAGUGGCUUGAUUUUAUAUAUACCAAAAUUCCUCAUGAUGGUACAAAUGGCCAAAACUUUUGUUAUCAGUCUUUCAUAUACUUCUGGUGUUAAUGGUGUUAUGUUCUGUCUGUUACAUAAAUAUUUUUUUCCCAAUAAUCCUUUUUUUAUUAUUAUAGACUUUACACUAAAACAGGUGAACAAUCAGUCACAACACACUCUGUAAAUAAUGUCUGCCAUUGAACAAUUCCUGUACCCGUCAAAUGUCAGAGGUUGCUGGACUUGAGUAGCUGAUGUAUUUUAUAUAAUUGUUGUAUAAAUAUAUGUUGCACUUUACCGUUCUCAACUCUACCACUUCUGCUUGUAAUAAAUAAUGGAAGUCAGCCAUUGGAAGUGAAAUAGAAAACAAGAAGUAGUCCAAUUAGAGAAUGAAAACUAAUGUACAUGCAGCUGCUUUUCAGAUGGAGUAUUGAAUUCAGUGGUAUGAUUUUAAAACUUAGUCCAUAUUGUAAUGCGUCAUGUUUCUAUGUUAAGAAUUAUUUCAAAAUUAUAGUUUUCAAUAAUGGGAUUUAUUUUCUUUGCUGGAUGUUCUUUUGUUUUGGCUUUAGGUUUAUUGCCAUGACGUGAUGUUUUUGGAGAGAUUCUGUUUUAAUGAAUAAAAUCUCAAAUUGCAA